CCCCAAAGCACAAAACCCUGAUUAACAUCUAAAACCUCAGGACUUUCGCACACUCCUACUACUUCCACCUUUCUUUCUCCGGCCGCUCUGCAAGUGAGGACGGUGGUGGUAUUCAAAGAUGGAGUACGUUAAUCCGGAAGGUCUUCGCUUAGAUGGUCGCCGUCCCAUGGAGAUGAGACAAAUUCGUGCUGAAAUAGGGGUUGUCUCAAGAGCUGAUGGUUCUGCUUCUUUUGAAAUGGGUAAUACCAAAGUCAUUGCUGCAGUUUAUGGUCCUAGGGAGGUCCAGAACAGGAGCCAACAGAUCAAUGACCAGGCGCUGGUACGAUGCGAAUAUAGCAUGGCUAAUUUCAGCACUGGUGAUCGCCGAAGAAAAAAUAAGGGUGACAGGAGAUCCACAGAGAUAUCUCUUGUUAUUCGCCAGACAAUGGAAGCUUGCAUAUUGACACACUUAAUGCCUCGCUCUCAGAUAGACAUUUUUGUCCAAGUUCUCCAAGCAGAUGGAGGUACAAGAUCAGCAUGCAUAAAUGCUGCCACGCUGGCUCUAGCUGAUGCUGGGAUUCCCAUGCGUGAUCUUGUCACAUCGUGCAGUGCUGGAUACCUGAACAGCACGCCUCUUCUUGAUCUAAACUACUUGGAAGACAGUGCUGGAGGCCCUGAUGUCACCAUAGGAAUUUUACCUAAGUUGGACAAAGUGACCCUUCUGCAGAUGGAUGCUAAACUACCAAUAGAUACAUUUGAAACUGUCAUGCAAUUAGCAGUUGAAGGCUGCAAAGCAGUGGAAAGCUAUAUCCGGGAAAUAUUAUUGGAAAACACCAAGAAGUUGGAGAUUCGCCGAGGUUUAUAGUUUUUAAUAGUUCGAGGAGCUUUUAUUGAGUUUUUGGUAAGAUGUUAAUCUUCCUAAUUAUAAUGCUGACGAACAUUCUGGUGAAGAUUGCUAAUGCUUUCCUCGAGGAAAAUGAGAAGCAAAGAAAAUUUGUGAGAACUCUAUUGCCUGUUUCUUUCAUGUCACUCGUGAAGCAUUAGGAGGAAAAGACACGUUCCAUCUCUUCCUUCUCUCUUUUUCCCGGGGGUGGGGCUGAGGUGGGUGUUGGUGGUGGGGGUUGAGGUUGUGGUUCGGGAGGCUAAGAGCGGCUUUUAGAAUUGGAAUUAGGUUCAGUCAAGCACCAUGAGAAACGAAUGUAUUUGUUACAAAUAAUUGAAGAUCGGCGAGGAAAACCUUAUACUAUACUUCUGAGAAAUAAUAAAUAUUGCAAUGAGUACAAAAUACAGGGCUAGACUAACAAGUCAUUUAAUUAGUCCAAUGGAGAAAGAUAAUAUGUAGCAAAAUCUUUUUUCAUAGAAAAACGAUAGGUCAUCAUGUUUUGUAAUCUUCUAGCAUAAACUUGUAAUCUUCAGGUUUGACAUAGCAAAAUGGCGUCUCAAAAUUUUUU